AGAAAAGGGGAAAUGAAUCGAUCGUUGUUUACACCGACGUUGCGAUGGUCUCAGUGGUUUGCCAAAACUUGUACAACACUGCAACGUCGUUCAGUUACAACGAAUAUUUGGAAAAAUGAUAUUUACCUUUCACUUGGGAAAUGUAGAACAACAACAGUUGGGUCAUCUUCAUUUUAUUUGAAGUUUUAUGGAGCGUCUUCGAGUUAUUCUACCCUUUCGGUAAGUUCAGUAGAUGACGAUUCGAGUGCUCUUCACUAUGUAGACAAUCUUCCUAUUCGUGAAGAAACAAAGGAACGCUUGAAGGCAUCGGGCAUCACUCGCUUGUUUCCUGUACAACAAAAAUGUUGGAAUCCUAUUUGGCAAGGAAAGGAUGUCGUAGUCCGUUCGCAAACUGGAACGGGAAAAACUUUGGCAUAUGUCUUACCUCUGAUAGAAAAGGCCAGUUUAGGUCACUUCAAAGCACAUACCAAACGUACAGGCUCUCCCUUUAUCGUUGUCUUGGCUCCCACCAGAGAAUUGGCCAGGCAAGUAUUUGAGGAGUUUGGUAAAUUGGAAACCACUUUAUUAGGUGCUUGCAUAUACGGAGGAGCACCUUAUCGACCUCAAGAAGAACAAUUACGUAACUGCUUAUCCUUUCUUGUUGGUACACCUGGACGUGUAGCUGAUAUGUGUCGCAAGAACUUGUUACAUUUGGAACUUGUGCAAUGUAUUGUAUUGGAUGAAGCAGAUAGAAUGUUGGAAAUUGGAUUUGCAAGUGAGUUAGAACAAAUCUUAUCUGCAGUUUCAGGGAACAAACAAACUUUGUUAUUUUCGGCAACGCUACCUACUUGGGUCAAACAACAAUCUGCAAAAAAUAUGAGGAACCCAGCCUUUCUUGAUUUGGUUGGAGAGGACAAAGACGCAAAGAUACCCAAAGAUGUAAAGCACUAUGCUAUUGAAGUUCCUCCUUUCGCAAAAGAAGCUGUGAUUGGAGACAUUUUGAGUGUAUUUGGGGGAGAAAAGUGUAUCAUUUUUACUCCCACGAAAAGAGAAGCAGAUAUGCUCGGCUCUUCGGAAUAUAUUCGUGACGAAUCUACGGUUAUUCAUGGAGAUAUUCCACAAGAUGGAAGAGAGUUGGCAAUCAAUGGUUUCCGAAAAGGCAAAUUUCGUAACUUGAUUGCUACCGAUGUUGCUGCUAGAGGAAUUGAUAUACCCAACGUAGAUUUUGUCCUUAUGACUUAUACUCCAACUCCCACUCCAGAAAGCAUCGAUAUGUACGUUCAUCGUUCGGGUAGAACAGGUAGAGCUGGAAACAAAGGUAAAAGUAUGUUGAUAUAUUCUCAAGCAGAAAAGGAUAAGUUGUUGAGACUGGAAAGAGCGCUUGGUAUUCGUUUUGAACGGUUGCAUCCUCCAUCUUCAGAGCAGCUGUUGAUGGUGUCCUUGGAGCGUUCUUGGAAGAAAGUACUUGGUACUCCUGAUUCUUUAGUUUCUCAAGUGUUACCCAUUUUGGAAGACAAGAUAAAGAACAUCCACCAUCAGCAAUAUAACAGUGUAACCAAUGGUAGUGUAUUGGAUGCUAUUAUGAAUGAAACCAAGUUGGAGAAAAAGUUACAGAUAUUAUUAGGAGCAGCGUUAGCACGUCUUGGAGGUUUUCAUUCGACAGUACAACAUAGGUCACUAUUGACUUCCAAACAUGGUUUUGCCACUUUUCAUAUUCAAGAUAAUCGACCCAUAGCCAAGAGGAAAGGUUUUGGUGUCCAUUUCCUACGUCGCAUUUUAUCCGAAUCGUUACCUGAUUUAGUAAAAGAUACGGAGGCCAUUUCAAAAGUUGUCGUAUAUCCCAGUGGAUACGAAGCAUUGUUUGAUGUUUCUGAAAAGGUUGCAUCUUCUUUGGUUGAGUACGGUUUAGGUGAGAAGAGUCAGUUUGAAGUGAAACCUGUGAAGCAGUUAACCCAAGAGAUGAUACAAGUUGUGGAAGCGGCAGAGAAGCGCAAAUUGUCUGUUGUCCAUAACAAGACGCAACAAAUCGUUUCAUUCAACAGGCAUUGAAGUAGUUGAUGCAAUUUUGAAUGAAAACUUUGAUGUAGAGAGUGGAUAGAGUUGCAUUCCUUGACGAAUGCCAUUUGGACCCGCCCAAACUCAUUUUUGGAUCAAGGGCGGGUUUUAUAAUCUUUUU